AUGGCCAGCCCUGCUACUGUCCUACGGCCCUUCAGCCGCGCCCGUGCCCUCCUCCAGACGUCGUUCGUUCAGUCCAUUUGUUGCUGCUUUCCUUCUCAAUAUACCCGACCUCGUCACCUUCCUCGUUCAUCCUUGACUAGGACGCAGCCCAGCAUGGCGCCUAUUUCGCUUGAAUUUGCCUCCGUACCCAACGGCAUGUCGAAGGGCCCCGAGGUCGGGGUGGCCGAGCUUGGUCCCAUGUCGCCUUGCCUUGAUGUAUUCGAGAGCUUUACCGUGCCCAAACCCAGCACUAUUCGUGAGCAGCCUGACUUGACUGUGACUGCUCGCCCACGCUUCGGCCGUUCUAGCAGUGUUGCCUUCGAAGGCAAAGGAACAGUGCAUGACUUCCUUCGCUUUCUAAAGAACGAGCGCUUCCGGCACAUGCCUCAUGAUGGCUCCAGCUGGGACAAGAUCCUGAAAUGGGCAGAUAACAUUGGCGGAGUUGUCUUACUCAGCGUUGGAGUUUUGAGCGAGUUCAUGCUGAACAGCGAGGAGGCGACACGACUGAUCUGCGAUAGCUGCACAACCCUUAUCCAGCUUGGAUCUGCGCAGAUCAAGACUUUGCUGAAGGUCUUCAGCCAGUUUCACAAGAUUGCUCUGGCCCUAUCUGUAUUCCUGCGCCAGAGUCAGCUCAUCAAAUCGAACCCUGAUGUUCGUCGCGAACUUGCCCAUGCAUUUCAGGACUUCGCGCACCUGACGCCCGAUGUACACAUUUACUGCGUGGCUCGGUGCAGGGGCGUGUUGCCCGUUGACCACGCCGAACUGGGCGCUUUUAUGCUGCAUGGCUCAGCAUCCUUCUACCACCAUUUGGAAGGAGUCUCGAUCUCGAUGUGGUCGUCUCACAAGCACUGCUCUCACUUCAAUGUGCGCGCAAUCCGAGACUUCCUGACACCCCAGGAUAGUGUUACCAAGACAAUUAUGUCCAAUCAAAUAUACUCGGAGGCUCGCCGUGCGGAGUACACAUGCGAGUGGUUUUCGGCUCCUCUCAGGAAGUUCACAAGAAACGGAAAGAAGGUUCUUCUUGUUACUGGAGCUGCGUCCACCGGCAAGUCCGUUCUUGCUCGAUGGAUCCACGAGAAGCUGCAAGAAUCGAUCGACGAUGAUCCGUUCGAUGUGUUGAGCUUCACUGUUGACACGAGCGUCAAGUACACCACAAGUCCACUGGGCCUCAUCAAGAGCCUGCUCUUGCAAUUGCUAGAUCGUAGGAUUGGCCGUGAGCACCUGCUGUCUCACAUCAAUGAAGCUAUUGAGCACGCGCAGUCCGGCUGCCCGGCCAGCGAAGUCGAGGCUACUCUCUGGAAGGGCCUCGAGCAUGCCCUUGAUGACCGCAAGCUAUUGAUUCUCAUCGAUGGCUUGGAUCAGCUUUGCAGUCCACGCAUUGGCAACCCUAUCGCGCUCGAGAUUCUCGAUCGUAUCACCAGGUCUAAAAAGAACGUCAAGGCUGUUGUCCUUACCCGGCCAGUAUCGGAUGCCGCGUUGAAGCACUGCCAGGAACAUAUUUCCUUAGAAAAAGCUCACAGUGAAGGCUCUACAGACAUCAAACAUUUCGUUCAAGACUUCAUCUACCAUCGCGCCGAGUUGCGACAUCUCAAAGAGACUGAGCGACAUGACAUUAUCGAAAAGUACGCCGAGGCAGCUCAUAACUCAUAUGUGCAUGCCGAGCUGCUCCUCCGCCAGAUCGAUACCGAGGAUACUGCCGCAGAUAUUUUGAAGGCUUUGAAGCCUUCUAGGACUACCGAGGAGCUUCUUGACCGCCAGAUCGGGCGUCUUGACUCGAAGCGCCCUGAGACAAAGCACAUCCUCACUUGGCUUGUGGCUGCCGAGCGCCCACUAUCUCUGAAGGAGAUCAAGGCUCUGCUCGAAGUUGAUCUGGAUGACUGUGCUUACCGCCCGUAUUUCGGAGAUGUAGAGAAAACAGUCCGUGAGCUUUGCACCCCACUUGUGACAGUCAGCGAUGGACUCGUCUCCAUUCGACACUCCAGCAUUCGCGAGCGCCUUCUUUCCCACAAGGCAUCAAAGUUCGCCAUCGAUCUCAAGGGUGCUCACCGCGAGCUCACCGUCCGUACCAUGGCUUACGUCAAGAUCCAUCUCCAGCAGAAAGAUAUCAGCCCUUCGUCCACCCCGGGUGACCCGGCCGACAUCCGCAACGUCUUCCUGCAGUACGACCUGUUCGAAUAUGCGGCGCGCUACUGGACUUCUCAUCUCAAGUCCUCGUCCAUGUACGACCGGUCAACUGGUAAGAUUAGCCCGUCCGCCCAAUUCAAGAUCGCUUUCUCCAACUCCACGCGCCUCGCACUCAUCGAAGGGUCUUGCAUUGCCCGACAGUACAUUGCUUGCGAUGCGGAGAAGCUGCAGCAUCUUGCAUAUGAGGUGCGCAAAACUCUCCUUGGCGAGCACUCUGCCGCUGUUCUGCAAACCUUGAUCCUUGAGAUAUGCAUUGGACGAAAGUUCAAGACUACAACUACGCUAUGCAAGUAUGCGUUCGAGGCCUGGAAGCUGAGCCAAGAAACCUGCUCCGCUGUCACAGUUCAAAGUCUUGCCGAAUCCUUCAUUGGAUACGCAAAGAUAUUGAAGGUGUCCGAGCAUUCCCACAUUUGCGCUCACAAGGUUGUGGUCCUCGAGUAUCUGGUCAAGGUGUACAGCCACAGCCACGCCGAGCUGAAGCAGAUCGAGUACCUGACCAUUUUGGCUGAGCUUCACGUUGAAUUCGGACACAUUCAGAAGGCAGUCGUGAUCUACCGACAGCUUUACCGUCUGCGCCUUCACGCCUAUGGGCAUCUUCACGAGCAUUCCUACACUCUCUUCCAGCUUCUCAUCUCGUACUUGAAGCAGCUCUCGCUUCAUGAUGAAAUUCUCGAAUUGCACCUUGAGUACCACGGUCAUGUGGAAAGUCUCCUCACCACCGACGAGCGACGUAUCAGCUCCACACUGACUCUGAUUGCGAUUUACGAGGAGCGCCAGGAGAUCUUCAAAGCCGAGCAGGUCCUUGUGCGCUUCUGGAAGAGUGUUUCUGUGUCCAAGUCUACCACUCGCGUCACUGAGCUCAAGGUCGACUUUGCCCUCAAGUACUCCAAGUUCUUGUUCCGCCACUCUCGUAAAGAGGAAUCCGAGGUCAUUCUCCGUGGUCUCUGGACUGAGAUCCAAUCCUACAGCUACGUGUCCCGUUUCGAGUCAACAAUGAUCAAGAAGGUGCAGAUCAUUGCCAAGUACUUCUCUCGCUUGGAAGUAUUCAGUGUGUCGCGCUCAAUCUACCAGUCACUGUACGAGCAUUACGAGAGCCACGAGCAGCGCACCUCAAUUGAGUGCAUCACAAUAGUCCGCUCUCUCGCUGAGACCAUUACAAAGUCUAUCUCCUACUCGAAGACUGUUACGAAGUCAGAGACCAGCACGACUACUGCCAGUACUGCGAUCGUAUCGAGCGAGGAAAAGACUCUGACUGAGAUCUUUGAGAGCUGUAUUGAGUCAAACGAGAUCACGUCAACUACUAUUUCGGUCUGCCAAGCUCUCUGUUCGAGCUAUAUGUACGAGGAGCGCUAUGAAGAGGCUUGCGAGAUCUACAGCAGGGUCAUCUGCAAGGUAUGGACCAGCUUUGAGACGACCGUUUCCAUCGAUGUCACCGAGUUCGUUGAGCUCCUCAGCGAGGAGGUCCUCGAGUUGGCGUUCAGCCUUGCGCACUGCCACUUCAAAAUGUUGCGCAUCGACUUCGCAGAAACCAUCUACCUCAACCUUUUCCGUGCUCUAAUCUGCACUCGACAUAUCGAAAAUAAGCACUUCUUGCUUGCCAAGAUCAAGCUCGUCCUGGAAUUCUUCAAGAUUACAUACAAGUACGAGCGUGUUAUUGAGAUCUACCGCGAGCUAUUUGUCUACAUGCCGAUCGCAUGGGGCAAAACUCACAGAGAGACUAUCUUGGUCUUGAUCGAGUUUGCAAGAAUCUGCUUUAAGAUGUCGAUGUACGAAGAGGCUGCAACUGCCUGCUUCUACGUCUACUCGUGCUUUCACAUUGCUCACGGGUGUCUCCACUUCGACGGCUUCGAGGCUGCCUUGUUGCUCUCCCAGAUCUACGAAAUCCAGUGCAAGUGGGAGAUUGCCUACGAGGUUUAUGGCUACCUAUGGCGUACUUUCGUUCGAUUUGGCGCCGAGUACGCGCUCGAUGUGAAGAUCGUCCAGAAGAUUUUCACCCGCUACGUGUUCAUCCUCGAGCACCACCACCACGUCGAGCACUCCGUCUUCCUCCAGAUUGCUCGCGAGUACCACGAGAAGUGCAUCGCUUUCUACGGCCACCAUCACGAGAUCACCAUCAAGGCCACCCUGUACUACGCCCACGUCUGCGAGACCAGGGGGGAGCACCGCGAGAUUUCGAUCGCCCUCUACGAGCAGGUGAUCAAGUAUUGUAAGGAGACCCUCACAGAGUUCAGCAAGAAGACCCUCCACACAUGCAGCACGAGAGUCGCCAAGAUGUACGCUUCGGAGACCAAGCACAUUACCAAGGCUGUCAGCAUCUACAAGGAGCAAUACGAGAGCUACAGCAAGACUGAACGUUCAUCUAAGGAGACCCUGACAGCGCUCCACAGCCUGAUCACGACCUAUAAGAAGCAGGAGACCAAGGAGUCCAUCUCAAUUGCCACAAGUACCCUCAAGAGUAGCACUAUGGAUAUCUUCCAGCACGAGAGCCGUCCGGAAAAGCUGAUCGAGUCUGCUCGCAGCAUUGCUUCGAUCUACAAGGAAUGUAAGUUCUCUGAGAAUGCCGAGACUCUUAUCACCGAGAUACGCACCAAGAUUGUUGAGGAGAUCAGGUCAUCAAUGACAUCGUCGACCACGGUCAAGUCGAACUCCUACGUCUUCCUGGCCACCUUCCAGGAGUCGAUCUCGGAAUCGUCAUCGUUCACUUCCGUGAUGUCUGAGCUAUGCUCUGAGGUGCUCAUGUACACCUCGUACUUCCACUCCACCAAGAAGCAUACCGACUACCGCUCGAUCAUCAAGUCAGGUUCCAGCUUGUACUUCCAUCUCUCGGAAAGGAAGAAUACUCGUCACGCCGAGUUCAUCAGAAUCGACAAGGAGCUUACAGAGUACUUCCGCAAAUACCUUAACUUCUCUCGCGCUAUCCAAGAAACCACGAUGCACUACUUCUUCCAACUGUACCUCAAGCAUAUCAGCCAGGCCCACUACGAGCAUGAAGUUGUUCGUCAAGCCACUGAGACCUUUCUCAAUUUCACCAAGACUGCCAAGUUUGCUGAAGCAUACGACCUUGUCUUGCUGAUCGACAAAUUCAUUCACAUCAACGGUGGCUUCAAGUCCGAGUUCUACAUUCGCACUGGACUCAGCUUAUCAAGGUACCUCGUUGGCAUCGGCACCAACAAGUGCGAUGACGAGAAGUUGUACGCAUCUAUGGUCGAGCUCUCCCGCACCAUCUUACAAGAGGCUCUGGCCGGCCUGGACGACGUCGAGAUCGAGCUUCACGAGUUGCAGCACCUGAUGACAGACUUGAUCUCUACAUUGAGCCAACAGAAGAGGUACCAGGAUCUUGAGCGCAUCCUACAGCUUCUGUGGAAGACCAAGACCGUCCGCAGCAACCUUUCUUCCAGUCCACUGGUGCUCCACAUCGGUCGCAGCCUUGUGCAGACUCUUGCUGCGCUCGGCAAGUACUCCGAUGCAAUCCAUCUUUGCUAUCACAUCCGAUACAACCUCGAGUUCAUUCGCGGCGCUCUCGACAGGUCUACCCUUGAGUUCACCGUGCUCUUAUCCGAGCUCUACACGGCACAAAAGCGCUACCACGAUGCACUCGAGCUGCACGAGGACAUCAUCUGUCGUCUUGGCGAAGGCCAGUCUGCACCGGGUCUCAACGGCGUUGACGUCGCGAACAAGCACACUGAGCUCAUGAAGUUCGCCUUCAAGCGCCACGGCAAAUCCGACAAGGAUGUUCAGCAGUACGAGGAGCUUUUCCGCGCACUGGAUGCGGAGUUUGGCAACGAGAAGGCCUGGAAGGAUAAGCGUCCCCAGCCUGAGAAGUGGACACCUGGAGUUGAGAAGGAGGAGAUGUUUGGUUGCUGGAAGAGGCCUGAGAAGUUUGAGUGGCAGAUCGAGGAGAAUGAGUCUGCUGGUGAGCGGAAGUGGAGGGAGGAGCUUGUGAAGAGGAGGGUCAGUGGGAACCUUUGGGCGAAGGGCCCUACGGUCGUUGGUCCCUUGAACGCGGAGAUUGUGUACUAG